AUGAGCAUUCUCGCAAUAUCGUCAAGAACGUUCAUAGUCAUUAUGUCUGUGGCCACGGGCUUAGGUGCCGGCGUGGAACAUCCGAAUAAAACUUCGAAGAACGUUCAUGGUUUGAAACCGUGGCCAUGA